AAAAACUUGCGGGCAAUCCUGGCUAUCUAGGUUUUAAUAAAAAAACGAUUAAAAAAGUAUGCUUACGUUUACUUAAUACAAAAGGGAUACUUCAUAUGUCUGGCCGCCAUUAUUUGGACAUUUAAUCACAAUUUCGAUGCAUGAAAAUUGACUCGCGGAAACGUCAAGGAACCAUUAACUCAUUUACUGUUACAAAUAACGUCAAGGUUAAGAAGGUAUAACUUUGGGUGUAUUAGUUGGGAUUUGACAGUUGUGAGGAACGUAGACUAAAAAAAAAACGCCUUCGCCAACGUAGCAUGUCUACAAUGAAUCCUGAAUACGACUAUCUUUUCAAACUUCUUCUUAUUGGAGAUUCCGGUGUAGGAAAAUCAUGUUUGUUAUUACGUUUUGCUGAUGACACCUACACGGAGAGUUAUAUUAGCACUAUUGGUGUUGAUUUUAAGAUAAGAACUAUUGAUCUCGAUGGGAAAACGAUAAAACUACAAAUUUGGGACACUGCCGGACAAGAACGAUUCAGAACUAUCACGAGUUCAUAUUACAGAGGUGCACAUGGAAUCAUAAUUGUUUAUGAUUGCACAGAUCAAGACUCAUUCAAUAACGUUAAGCAGUGGUUAGAAGAAAUAGAUCGUUACGCUUCUGAUAAUGUUAACAAGCUGCUAGUUGGAAAUAAGUGUGAUUUGAAUGUCAAGAAAGUUGUCGAUUAUGCUACUGCGAAGGACUACGCAGAUCAAUUAGCCAUACCAUUUUUGGAAACGUCGGCAAAAAAUGCAAUGAACGUCGAACAAGCUUUCAUGACAAUGGCAGCAGAAAUAAAAGCACGAGUUGGACCACCAUCUGGUACGGAUGCUGAUCCAGCUCAUAAAGUAAAGAUAAAUCAAGGUCGCGAUGUUGAUGCGCCCAAGUCUGGAUGCUGCUGAAAUUUUCAUCUAUUAUUUCCAUUUAAUUGACUGCAAUAACAUCGUUAAGCACUAAAAAUUUGAUGCACAUUUAAAUUAAUUCGAGAGGCGUGCAUAACGAUAAUGGUUGAUACGACGAAGAAGCAUUGAAAAAAGUACAAUUCAACAAAAAAAAAAAAAAAAAAAAAUUAACAUACCGUAAGAAUGUUAUUAAACAUUUUUUCAUCACUUUUUUUAAACAAGUGAUUGUACAAAUUACAAAACUCUAAAAAUAAAUUUUUACACUUUUUUUUUUUUUUUGGAAAAUAAUCAGAAAUCGGUACAGGAAAUAAAAAAGUAAGUUUGGGUAAUACAUAAAUAACGAUUGGUGAAUAAUUGUCUUUUCUUCGUUGCAUUGACUCAAUAUAAAUGCUAUUUGUUAUGUUAAAAAGAUCGUGCGAUAAAAGGUGAAUUAAUUUCGAUAAAUAUUUAAACUAAAAAAAAUAAUAAACUUAAUAACCAUGUAUAAUAGUGAAAAAACUUAUGUAUUGAUAAAAAAAGAUAAUUACAGGCUUUUUUAUUUUUAGUCUCUUUGUAAUGUUUAUAGAUAAUUAUUUUCGUUGUGUUGAGAUAUCUUAGGACCCUCGUAUGUUUUCAAUAAUUAAAUACGUUUUAUUUUACAUGUGCAUAUUUAGCGAUACUUGCAUCAUAAUUAUGAUUUAAGUUGAUGAAAGUUAACUUUAUGUUUUUAUUAAUCGUACAAAAUAAGUGCAAAAGCGCGUAAUGUAAUGCGAAUAACAACUUUGUUUAAUUAAAAAUAAUUGGAAAAUUAAGUUUUCUCAACAUUUCAUACAUAUACUAGUGUAUUUACGUAUUGUAAAAUGUUAAAAAAAAUAUCUAUAAGGAUGUGGAAUCUACUAAAUGUUGCGAUCUAAACUUAUUACUUUGAUAUUUUUCAAUUUGUAACAUGGCUAUUAAUAAAAUUGAAUAAAAUUUUCUUUUAUCAUAGAAAAUGAUUUCAUAAUAGUGAGUAGCUUUCUUUUCAAAUUAAAACGUAUCUAUCAACUGAGAAUUAAUAUAUUUGUAACUAUUGAUAAUCAUAAGGCUUGAAAUUUUUUGAAUAAUUUCAAAAAAUGAGUUUUUUAAGCCUCGUUUACGUUUUUCCAUAUACUAGUAUAUUUUUCUGUUUUGAAUUAACAUCGGAAAUGUAGUAUAGGAAUACAGUCGAAUUCCAUUAACUCAGAACUUCCCCUCAAUCUUGAGCCCCACUACGAGCUACCCUAUCUCCUACCUAAACUAUACAUUUGUAUGUGUUUGUGUAUAUUGUCAUAUGCAUCAUUCAUGUAAACGUAAGAGCGCAUGCGUGUAGUUUACUCUUUAAAGGGGAAGGGGCAUACGAUAAGUGGAAGUUUCCAGGAAAUUUCCACUCCAUAGAUUAACGGUCCGAAUUAAUGGAACUCGGUUGCAUUGCAAACUGCUUUUUUAUUUCUAAGAUUUACUACUCUUAGUUUUUAUAAAAAUUAUAUAACUCAUAUGUUAACUGAUUAUAUAUAGGUUGAUAUAAUAUGUGACAAACAAAAAGAAACAGGCUAUACUAAUUAUUGCGCACGUUGAGUUUGUUUUAUAUAUUAAGUAUUCACUGUCAAUGUGCAUAUGGAUAAUUGAUUAGAGAAAUUUGUAUAAUUGGAUUUAUCCCAAAUAAAAACUUAUUUUGCAAAACUUCAA